CAGGGUGGGAGGUGGCCUGGGCGGAGGGGGAGGCGCCGCUCGCUGGGAGGAGACUUGUACGCACCCCCCCCCCCCCGAUCCCCCUUUCUCGCCGGGCUCUGGGGGACCAUGGGCGGCUGAGGGGAGCCGAGCCCCGGGCGGCCGAGCCGGCGGCCAUGGCUGAGGAUUACUGGGACCCGCAGCAGCAGCGCUGAGCCCCCUGCAGCGGCAGCCAGGCGGCCCCAGUCCUGGCCCCACCAUGGAUCGGAUGAAGAAGAUCAAGAGGCAGCUCUCAAUGACCCUGCGGGGGAGCCGGACAGCCGAGAAGAACCUCAAUGAGCAGAUCAACAUCGAGGAGAACAACAGCAGCGACACCGGCCUGGCGGGGAAGAGCGUGCGUCCCUGGGGCGCCUCGCGCAGUGUCUAUUCCUUCCUGCAGCGCCGGCCGCGCCCGGGCGUGACCCGCAGCCUGAGCGCCCACCUCGCCCGUGCCAGCCGACUAGAGAUGGUGCAGGAGGACGUGAAGAUGGGCUCCGACGGGGAGAGCGACCAGGCGUCCGGCACCUCGUCCGACGAGGUCCAGUCCCCCGUGCGCGUCCGCAUGCGCCACGGCUCGGCCCGCAAGAUCUCCUCCGAGGACAUCAACAAGCGGCUCUCGCUGCCGGCCGACAUCCGCCUGCCCGAGGGCUGCCUGGAGAAGCUGGCGCUGAACAGCCCCUUGUUCGACCAGCCCCUCAGCCGGCGCCUGCGCCGCGUCUCGCUGUCUGAGAUCGGCUUCGGGAAGCUGGAGACCUACGUGAAGCUGGACAAGCUGGGAGAGGGGACGUACGCCACUGUCUACAAGGGCAAAAGCAAACUGACAGACAAUCUGGUGGCGCUGAAGGAAAUUCGCCUGGAGCACGAGGAGGGGGCGCCCUGCACGGCCAUCCGCGAAGUGUCCCUGCUGAAGGACCUGAAACAUGCCAACAUCGUCACCCUGCACGACAUCAUCCACACAGAGAAGUCGCUGACCCUGGUCUUCGAGUACCUGGACAAGGACCUGAAGCAGUACCUGGACGACUGCGGCAACCUCAUCAACAUGCACAAUGUCAAGCUCUUCCUGUUCCAGCUGCUGCGGGGCCUGGCGUACUGCCACCGGCAGAAGGUACUGCACCGCGACCUCAAACCCCAGAACCUGCUCAUCAACGAGCGGGGCGAGCUGAAACUGGCCGACUUCGGUCUAGCGCGGGCCAAGUCCAUCCCCACCAAGACGUACUCCAACGAAGUGGUGACGCUCUGGUACCGGCCCCCCGACAUCCUGCUGGGCUCCACCGAGUACUCCACGCAGAUCGACAUGUGGGGCGUGGGCUGCAUAUUCUAUGAGAUGUCCACGGGCCGCCCGCUCUUCCCUGGCUCCACUGUGGAGGAACAACUGCACUUCAUCUUCCGCAUCCUCGGGACCCCCACCGAGGAGACCUGGCCAGGGAUCCUGGCCAACGAGGAGUUCCGGUCCUACAACUACCCCAAGUACCGGCCUGAGGCCCUGCUCCAUCACGCGCCCAGGCUGGACAGUGAUGGAGCCGACCUGCUGGGGAAACUGCUCCAGUUCGAGGGGCGGAAGCGGAUGUCAGCGGCUGAGGCCAUGGGGCAUCUCUUCUUCCACUGCCUGGGCGAGCGUGUCACCAAGCUCCCGGACAGUGAGUGA